AUGCCGCCCCGCAACAGGACGCUCGACCUUCCCGUCGCCGUCAACGAGUCCAUCUCGCUUGACUUGGACCCGCUUCCUCCCGCCGAAGAUAUCCAGGUCUUCUUGGAAGCGCUCGUUUACGAACGCCCUCCUUCCAAGUACUGGUCUCGACUCGCCUCUCAGCUCUACUUUGAGAACCGUAUCCCCGAAGCCAUCCAGGUCUGUGCCAAAGGUGUUCAGGUGCUAGCUUCCCACAAGCCGACCGAAACAAUUCCUCUCCGCGCCCUCCUCGCUGCCUUUGCCCUCAACAACGCCAGAACCGCUCCAAAAAUAAUCCUCAACGAUGCUCGCUACCAGCGUCUCCCCCCCAACCAGCAGACCAAGGACGCAUUCUACAAGGAGUCCGCCGCCAACCAAUCACAGGCUCACAUCCUCGAUCCAAAGCACCACAUCAACCAGCUCUCCAAGGCCAUCUCUCUCACCAACGCCGGGCAAAAUGAUGGCGCCUCCAACAUAUUUGACGCAAUCCUCAACCAACAUCCCAGACAUGCGCUUGCUCUGCUCGGCAAAGCUUGCAUCCUCCUGCGUAAGCGCAACUAUGCGCCCGCCCUCAAGCUCUAUCAGCAAGCUCUCGAGGUCAGCCUGCUGGUUCAGACCAAAGCUGACAAGGAUGGCGAGAACGCUGCCACUCUCGGCUGGAGGGGCCCCGACCCCCGUGUCGGCAUCGGUCUCUGUCUCUGGGGCUUGGGUCACCACGAUGCUGCCAGAAAGGCUUGGAAGCGCGCUGUGCAGCUCAACGCCAAAAACGCCCCCGCUCAUCUCCUUCUGGGUAUCUCGAGUCUCAACCUGGUUAAGCAGACCGCCCGUCUAGUCCCUGGUACCUUUGGCGCUCACGUAGAGAGGUCGGAGGAGGAAGCACGCGAGCUCGCUUACACCGAGGGCAUGUCCAGCCUUCAGCAGAGUUGGAAGCUCGACAAGAGCAAUGCCACCGCUGCCAUUGUCAUGAGCGAGUACUUUAUCAACAACGCUGCGCAAGCCAAAAACCAGGCCGGACCCGCUCUGCAGGUAGAACAGGCCGCCAUGGCUCACUACGCCACUGCUCUCAAGCUGGCCGAGCACGCCAUCCAGUAUUCCGAGGGGCGCAUCGGUGUCAAUCAUGCUCAGCUCGUCUAUGCUCGAGCAUCCCACCUCGCGUCGCAACUCUCCAUUAAUGCUGCUCAGCCCGAGCUGCGUCUUCAAGCCCAGCGAUACUAUGCACGAGUCGUCGACGACGUGACGCGCAUCCUAUCUAGUGCUACCGCUUCCUAUGCCGCCAAUACCGCACAGCUCCAUCUCUGCCUCUCGCUCGCCACGCUCGGUUUGGCUCAGUGCCAGGUCGCCAACCGUGACCCCCUCGCCGCCAUCAACACCCUUGAUGCGCUUACCUCGAGACCCGCCAACUCGGCCUCGGCGACGCAGACCAUCGAGCUCUCGCUGCUGGCUGCUAGUCUGCGCGCUCAAUCGCACCCGGGCGCCACCGCUUCCGAGCGACAGGCCGAUGCCGAGCGCGCCCGCAUCAUCCUUGACCGCGCUCUUCGUCUCAUCGAAGCUGCUAAACUCGACGCCUACGGUCCGCAGGCUCUGUUUGCUCAACCGGACGAGUUCCCUUCCGCCUCUCCUGCCACUACUUCGAUUGCCCCGGCUGACGCUGCUGCUGAUGUACCCGCCGCUCUUGCCAAAGCUUCGCUGUCCAUCCGCACUGAGGAUCUCUCCAAGACCGCGCUCGAGGCCAUCGCCAGCCUCGGAUCUGAUCCGCUUACCCGCGUCGAGUUUGCCGAGCUGCUCCAGACCGAGGACUUGGCUCGCGCCACCACCGCCUACGCAGAGGGUCUCGAGCUCGCCAAGGCCAAGGCAAUCACGCGCGGACAUAACGUCGAUGCCAUCGACGACGACCAAGCUGCUACCAAUGUUGCCCUGCUCACCAGUCUCGAGACGUGUCUCGGUGCCGUUCUCGCCAUCCGCGCCACCGACAUUCCCUUCAGUGAAACUCAGCGGGAAGAGGAGCGCAAGUGGCUUCUUCAACGAUCUAUCUCGCGCCUCGAAUCCGCUGUUACUGCUGCUGCCAACGCGGUUAACGCCUUUAGCGCUUCCGCUGCUUCAGCGCCUGCCACUACAGCGCGUCUCGAGGCGCAGCGCACCGUCGAUGCUGUCAAGCUCAUCGCCUCUUACAACCUCGGUCGCGCCAACGAGGCGGCUGACAAUGUCGACGCGGCUCGCGAAGCCUACCAGUCGCUUCUGCACGCUCAUCCCGAGUACACCGACGCGAAGGUCCGUCUUGCUAUCCUCAACGUUGCCAAUACACCCGUGGCGAUGACAAGGGGCUCUGACGCCGUUGCCAAGGCCAAAGCGCUCCGUGACGCUACCAACACACUGUUGAAGGAGGCGCUCGACUCGGACCCGGGCAAUCUAGACACGCGAUCCACGUACGUCUGCUUCCUCGCCGGCGAGUUCCCGGGCAGCCCCACACCUUCGUGGAGUGCGAUCAAGGAGUUUACAGCUCAACUCUUUGCGGGUGCCACUGAGGCCAAGUUGCAAGCUGCAUUUGGAGGCGCGGCGGCCGCCAAGGCAGCCGCUGAGAGCGGCCGUCGCGAUGCUCACACGCUCGCUUCGCUCGGCUGGGCCUAUUAUCAGCUCGCUGUCCACGCCACCGGACCCAGCGCCAAGGCAGAACGCAGCAAAAACAUGAUGCGCGCCACCGAUCUCAUGGACAAGGCGCUGGGUGUGGAUGCACGCUGUGCGUUUGCUGCGCAAGGUAUGGCCAUCUUGCUGGCCGAAGAUGCCUUUGCUGAAACAGCAGGUGGCACCUCGCUUACGCUCCCGACCAUUGGAGGCGCGCCCGAUGAGCGAAGGAAGCAGAACGCCGACGAGGCGCUUGCCAUCCUGUCAAAGCUGCGCGAGCUCAAGGACGAGGGCAGCGUGCACGUGUGCAUCGGCCACGUGCUCAUGCAGAAGGACGAGUUUGAGCGUGCGCACAAGUCGUACGAGCUGGCGUCGAAGCGUUUCUACCAUGGUGCUAAUGCGGCCGUGAUCCAGUACGUGGCGAGGGCCGAAUAUGCCGUUGGCAUGAAGACCAAGUCGUUUGCCAGCCUGCAGAGCUCCCUGGCGCAUCUUGAGGAAGCUCGCGAGCUGGUGAUCAAGGAGCGUGGACCUGAACACCCGGAAUGCCGCCAGAUCGAGUACAACUAUGCGGUGACGGCGCAGAAAGGUCUGCAGAUGCUGUUCGAUCUGCAAAAGGAUCGCAAGACCGCUCAAGCGCUUCGCGACGCCAUUGCUGCCGUCGAACGUGUGCAGCCGUUGCUUGUUGCGCCUGUCGAUACCGGUUCGCCGCAGCAGACGCCGCUGGGCAAAGAGGGUGCGCUGCUCGAAGCGGCAAAGCGCGGACAGCUGCUGUGGAUGUCGCCGGAUGUGGUGGAGCAGCGAGGCAAGUACGGAGCCUCUUCUCUGCUCCAGCGUGCCACGCAGGCGCUUGCCGACCAGGAGAGCUACGAGGCCGAGGUGCUGCAGCAGAAGGAAGCUGUUGCAGCCGCACGACGGGAGAAGGAACUGCUGCGCGAACAGGAACGCAUCCGCAAGGAGGAAGAGUACCGCGCACAGAUCGAGCAGAUGGCCGAGAAGCGUAAAGCGCUGCGCGAGGAAGCGGCCAAGAUCGAGUAUCUCCGUGAGGCCACGCCGGAGAAGGAGCCUAGAAGGCGAGCUAAGCGCGAAGACGUUACGUCCGGCGAAGAGGAUGCGCCGGACGCGACGGCUGAAAAGGGCAAGAAGCGCAAGCGCAGUGCGGGCAAGAAGAAGAAGGGGGCUAAGAAGAAUCUCGACAUUGUCGACAGCGACGACAAUGACGAUAGCGACGACGAGGGGUUGUUUGGCGGAGGAGCCGGGAGUGGCAGUGAGAGCAGCGAUGGCAACGACGACGAGGACGGCGAUGACGAGAUCAUCCGCAACGGCGCCAAGCUGCUCGCUGAAGAAGGAGGCGAUGACAGCGGGGCUACUCGCAGCGGCAAGUCGUCCAAGCUAUCGAAGCUGGCCAAAUCCAAAUCGAAGCGGAAGUCAUCGUCUUCGAAAACGGACAAGAAGAAGCGCAAGAGUCUCAAGAAGGCCAAAGUACGCGAUAGCGACGAUGAUGACGAUGAUGACCAGGACGACGCGGUCAACGAGGACGACAGCGAUGCCGACGUCGGAAAGGUGAGGAAGAGCAGGAAGGGCGUGUUUGACGAGAGCAGCGACGAGGACGAGGCGGCUGAGAAGAAGGCCAAGUCAUCCUCGUCGUCGGGUCAGAAGAGGACGAAAAAGGCGCGUGUUACCAACGACAUGAUCGACAGUGACGAGGAAAUGGCGCUUCUUGACAUGGAGUAA